AUGGCGUCCAACAGUCUACCUGCAUCUAGCGCAAGCGGAGACACCAUUGACGAAGUGACACUGAAGUCCCGUAUUGAGAAGCAGCUCUCUGACGAGUGUACAAAAUUCGAGCCCUUCGAGCAAUGUGGAAAUCAUAUGACUUAUAUCGCACAUAUGAAAAAGGGACAGCAGGCAGUGUUCAUUCGAGUUCAAUGGUCUAUCCUGAAACAUGCCGGCUGCGGUAUGACCUCUCCCAUGGCCAUGCGUUCAGAGGUCGCCACCUUGCGUUUUCUGAAAUCCAAGACCAAGAUCCCGGUUCCUGGAAUCCUGUAUCAUGACGUUGAUGCCGAUAGGAAGGUCGGAGGUGAAUGGAUGAUCAUGGAAUACGUCGACGGCGACAACCUUUCUACAGUAUGGCGAGGCCUCAAUGCGAAGCAGCGCGAACAGGUCUGCCUCGCUAUCGCUGAUGUAUGGGUGGAGAUAAUCAACGUAACUUUCAACUCGAUUGGAAGUAUUUACGAGAGGGAGAACGGGGAGUUUCAUAUCGGACCCAUGACCCGUCUGGCGUCAAAUCGAAACACUUCCAUUUCCCCACCCAAGCUCGAGAAAUGUGGUCCAUUUCCGACGGCAAAGGACUGGCUCUUGGCGACUGCGCGACGAGAUCUAGAUUUUGGGCAGAAACCUCAAGAUAAUGACGCCCAGAGGCAACUUUUUGUCGACGCUGCAGUAGCCAAUAUCCAGAAGCACAUCUUUCCGGAUCGCCUUGAAGAUUUACCCAUCGUCCUCGAACACAUAGACUUUGCGCCACGUAAUAUUCUGGUCAGUCGGGCGGACCCUACAAAGAUAGUAACGAUCGUAGACUGGGAAGCCUCCCGCACUGUCCCCAUGUGGGCUUCAAACCCAAAUUUCAGCUUUCCCCCCCUGUCGGUGACGGACGAGGAGAGGAAGCACCUUCUCACGUUGUUGACCAAUCGCAUAAUUUCCAAGGUUCCUGCUUGGGAGAAGGCGAUAGGACAGGACCUGCAGCCUCUGCGAAUUUUGCAUGAUCGCGCGAUAUAUAGUCUCCGAGUCGGUAUAAGUAGGUCCUUGUAUAACGCUAUGGACAAGUCAUCGGAUCGAAGUUUCGAUCGAGUAACUGUAACGGGUGCGGUAACAGGUCGGCGCCUUCGACGUCCCACGGGAAGUAUUUUACUGUUAUGGCCUAGUCGAAACGAACCCUAA